AUGGCGGCGGGCGAUGGGGACGUGAAGCUAGGCACCCUGGGGAGUGGCAGCGAGAGCAGCAGCGACGGCAGCAGUGAGAGCUCAGGCGGCGCGGGAGCGGCAGCCGAAGGGGGAGGCUGGGCGGCGGCGACGUUGGCGCUUCUGACGGAGGGCGGGGAGAUGCUGCUGAACGUGGCGCUGGUGGCGCUGGUGCUGCUGGGGGCCUACCGGCUGUGGGUACGCUGGGGGCGGCGGGGUCUGGGCGCCGGGGCCGGGGCGGGCGAGGAGAGCCCCGCCGCCUCUCUGCCUCGCAUGAAGAAGCGGGACUUCAGCUUGGAGCAGCUGCGCCAGUACGACGGGUCCCGCACCCCGCGCAUCCUGCUCGCGGUCAAUGGGAAAGUCUUCGACGUGACCAAAGGCAGCAAGUUCUACGGCCCGGCUGGUCCAUAUGGAAUAUUUGCUGGUAGGGAUGCCUCCAGAGGACUGGCGACAUUUUGCCUAGAUAAAGAUGCACUUAGAGAUGAAUAUGAUGAUCUGUCAGACUUGAAUGCUGUACAAAUGGAGAGUGUUCGAGAAUGGGAAAUGCAGUUUAAAGAAAAAUAUGACUAUAUAGGCAGACUCCUAAAACCAGGGGAAGAACCAUCAGAAUAUACAGAUGAAGAAGAUACCAAGGAUCACAAUAAACAGGAUUGAACUGUGUAAACAACCAAAGUCAGGGGCCUUCAGAACUGCAAUUCUUACUCCCUUUCACAGAAUGUUCUGCAUCUUUGGGUAUAGUUCACCUGCUGCGAUUUUGUACAAGAUAAAUGAGUCUCACUAUGAAGAUUUGAAUACUAGACACUAUUUAUGCUGCCAAACUCAUUUGUUGCAGUUGUUUGCAAUGUCUGGUGGUAAUGUCUGGUGAAAAAAAGGAGACAGGAAUAUUUUAAAGAGAAGAAAGUCACAGGUCUCUCUCCCUCCCUCUCCUCUCUUUUAAUCAAAAACAACCACAUAUGUAUUUGCUACUAUUCAAGUGUACAAAUCUCAAAAAAACAGUAAAGGACUCUGAUUUCACAUGCUCUGUUUUUGUUUUAGCCAUGAGGAGGGAGGAGACCAGGACAGGGGGAAGGAGGUAUUGCACAUCAAUUUGAGUAGUUUAGGUUACUGAAACAUUAAAAUGUGAAUUCCCUAAUUUUUCUCUUUGGGUUUUGUCAGCGAAAAGAAAAACAAACCUUUAUUUCUAAGAAAUCUUUGGAAAUUAGGAGAAGGGAUUUCAAGUGGAUUUAAGUCAAAGCUAAUUCCCCAACAGUAAUAUCAUUUGAAACCAUAAUCCCUUCCCUUCCCCUCGAUCAAAUCAAUAUUAAUUGUGCCUUAUUUCACUUACAUAGACUUGAAUUAUUUUUAGGGAAAGCCCCUAUAUGAAUUCAGAAGUCACUACAAGCAGCGUUGAGACUGAAGUUGUAAUGUUCUGUUGACCGCAAAACCUUGAUGUCAUUCUGUGUAUAUAGAAUGUAAAAGGAAUAUUCAGUGUUACUGCCAUAUAUGUUAAUAUACACAAACUCAGUUAGCAUUGUAAUGGCCAAAUGCAUUCCCCCAUGCUUUCCUCUUUUCAAAAAAAUGGAAAACAAAUCAACAACUCUAGCCCCCAAUAGCUGCCUAAUUUAAGGAGUCUGACCCUCACAUCUCAAGGGUGUGGGUGCACCACGGGGACAUGGUGUGGAUGUCUGUGUGGAUGUGUCUGAAUGUGUGUGAGCGCGCCUGGGAAGGGACUCUUUCUGCAGAUACUGUAAAUACACGUACCGUUUUAAUAAAGCAUGUACAAUAAACCAAAAUAAGUUUGAGUUGGACUUUAUAUACAAAACUGUAAGCCAGUGCAUUCAGACAUGGUAGUCAGGAGUGUGCAUUUGAUUCAAGAUAAGGGAAAAUCUUGGACAUGAAAAGCAGGCACUGGUUAACCAAGUUGUACACAUUGUACCACAUUCACUGUAACUUCAGGAAGGAAUUCCACUUUGUGGAACAUUCUCAAAAGAUCUGAAAUUAUUCAGGUAAGAAUUGAUAUAUAAAAUGUACAUAUUUUUACUUUAUAUUUUGAUGCCAAUUGAUUAUACUAGUUGUAAUAGCACUCCCAUCUAUAAUUACUGAACACAAAACAAUAAAGGAUAUACUGGUAGAUACUAAAAUUUUCCAUGAGAUUGAAAAGGCCCUGCUAGAAGCCCUAUAUUUUUCAAUUACUUGAUUUCAUCAUGACUAUUUCAGGUUCUCAGUUGGGGACGAUUUGCACCAAAAAAGGCAAUUUUAUUUAACAAGUCACCAAUUAAAAGACUUCUCCUUUAUGGUUGUAAUAUAUGCAGAAGCCAUCAAAGAUAGGGGAACUUUUAACUGCAAUAAUAAGCUAAAGUAUGUAAAAUACUAUAUUCUCUAAUACUGUCUUGGAAUGUUUUGUUGAAAAUGAAGCACUUCAGCCAAAUCUUUGCUGAAAACUGGUUAUAAAGACUGAAAAGUGUUGGUAAAUGCUCUUUGUGUUUUAUGUAAAAUACUUUCUAAACAGAAAAUUUGUUAAAGUACUUGUCCUUUGUAGUAAACUGAUAUAUAUAUGAAUCAUUUGAACCUGAAGUUUAAUCUACACAUGUGAAUAUAGAAACCCUAAAUAUUCAUGCCAUAAAAAUUAUGCAGUCUAUUAAGAAAAACGAGUAAUUUUGUGUUUUGGACUUGAAAUAAACAGUGUUCUAUAGAUAA